AAAGCACUAUUACGAAUUAACAAUAUGGAAAAUAUCCAAAAUUUCGUUCUACGACGAAUCGCGUUUUACGAUAUUUUCGACGAAUAUUCCUUCCUUUUAUUUUUCUUCUAGAUAUUAGCUUGCCCUUUUUUAAUAAACUUGUAAUAUUCAAAUACACCUAUGUAAUAUCAUUUAUUUUGUAGCGACCUUCUAGGGACAAUUUGUAGAGAGUGUAAUUGCCAAGAGAACAGUAGUCCCACCGUUUACGUAUAAAUAUUGUAUGGAGUAGUAAUAUGAGACGACACCGAAGUAUUUAACUUUAACAUUAUUUUAAUAGGUUUGAUCACGGUGGGUUUGAUAAUGAUAAUAAUACAUCAUAAUGUAUCAUGUGUGACAACCGAAUUUAUAGUAUAGUGUUUUUUCGUCAUUUAUUUUUUCCCUAGCAGAACUACAACCUGUAUUCUCGGAGUUGCAUAAACAAACUUAUUAAAUAGGUUCGAACGAAACGUGUGUGUACAUAUAUCAUAUCAUAAUACUCAGAAAUAGAGAGAAAGAGAUUAAGAAAAGAAUUUGAGAUUAUCGUACAAAUAUAUAAACGUACAAUUUUCAUUUGAGCAUGGAACCAUUGUUGAAAAAAUUCAAGACUACGAAUGAUCGAAAAAGUGAAAUUAACGAUGACAUAAAUGAUGAUGUUGACAAAUGUAAAAUAAAAAUGAAUGUAAACCGAAUAUUUAAUAGUGAUGAGAAAGUAGUUGACUCGAACGAUGAUGUAAAAAAAAAAGAAAAUUCAAUUUUCUUAACAGAUGAGGAUUCGUUUCUAUUUCCGCCUGACAAUGAUAUUUCAGAUAUGCUAGAAGAAAUCAACUUUAAUGGUUCCUUACAAACUAUUACCGAACGUUACUUUUCCACAUAUUACAAAGUUGAUGUUCAGAAGCCUGGUGACGACAUGUGCAUCAGAAUACACAGUAAUCGUAUUUGUUUGAUUUCUUUAGCACCAAGUCAUAACAUUUUUCAAAACGAUAAGAAAAUAUUAAAAGUUAAUUACAAAGUUAGCGAUAAGUUAGACAGAAUGCUAAAUAAAGUAUCUGGAAAAAGCAAACACGGUGCUCAACCUUUGCAAGUUGAUUCGAACAUUUGUACAAUAUCUUGUUCGGAUGGACAAACGUACACAAUCAAGUGUUGUAUUAUUGGAAAAUUAAUAGAAGUUAAUGACGUAUUAUUGGAAUGUCCGGAAACUUUAAAGGAACCACCGCACAAAGGUGGAUAUUUGGCUCUUGUAUUGCCUAACUUAAAACUAUUGGAUAAAGUAAAAGAUACCCUAUUAACAUCAGAAGAAUAUAAAGCAUUAAUACUUUCGCGAUCUGAAGUUAAAAUGUCUUAAUUAAGUAGGAGAAAAAAAGGAGAGAUACAGAUAUGAGAACAGUAAAAGAUUAUGCGCGUGUUUUUCUAUGUACAUAAUAUGACAUAUAUUAUAAAAUUAUGUAUUUGGUUACACUGACUAAAUCAAUGGCACUCUAA